CAACAGCUGUAUUCCUUUCAUUCUCUCUCUCACACACACUACACACACAAAAUUAAAUUGAAACCCAAAAUCCCCAAACGCCCUUUUCCAUCCCACUCUCCGUGUCCCAAACACUCUCUCUCUCUCUCUCGCUCUCUCUCUCUCUAUACAACCUCUCUAUCUCCCAUCAUCAAUGGCGUCUCGCGAAGACAACGUCUACAUGGCGAAACUCGCCGAACAAGCCGAGCGAUACGAAGAGAUGGUCGAGUUCAUGGAGAAGGUCGUCGCCGCCUCCGACUCCGGCGAGGAACUCACCGUUGAGGAGCGCAACCUCCUCUCCGUUGCCUACAAAAACGUCAUCGGCGCUCGCCGUGCCUCCUGGCGCAUCAUCUCCUCCAUCGAGCAGAAAGAGGAGAGUCGCGGCAACGAUGCACACGUGGCAACGAUCCGUGAGUACAGAUCCAAGAUCGAGAGCGAGCUCUCCUCGAUCUGCGAUGGCAUUUUGAAGCUUCUCGACUCCAAACUCAUCGGUGCUGCCUCUAACGGUGAUUCCAAGGUCUUCUAUUUGAAGAUGAAAGGUGAUUAUUAUAGGUAUCUUGCUGAGUUUAAGAUCGCUUCCGAGAGGAAAGAAGCUGCUGAGAAUACUCUUAACGCCUACAAAGCUGCUCAGGAUAUCGCAAAUGCGGAGUUAGCUCCAACUCAUCCAAUCCGUCUAGGGUUGGCACUCAACUUCUCUGUGUUUUACUAUGAGAUUCUGAGCUCUCCAGACCGUGCCUGUAAUCUUGCAAAACAGGCUUUUGAUGAAGCAAUUGCGGAGUUAGACACUCUAGGAGAGGAGUCCUAUAAGGACAGCACAUUGAUAAUGCAGCUUCUCCGUGAUAACCUCACUCUAUGGACUUCAGAUAUGCAGGAUGAUGGCACAGAGGAGAUCAAAGAUGCACCCAAGCCUGAGAAUGAGUAGUGAAGUUUCUUUCAGGAUUGGUCAUGCCUAUGCUUUGUAAUAGUUCCUUUAUAAAUUGGAAGUGUUGCUUGUGUAUUUCUGUUGAGUAUCAACUCUAGCAUUAGGAUGUCUUGAAUUCUGGUCAUUUAGCAGUGCUAUGACUAUUUGAUACCUCCCUUUAUUUAGUUGAUUGUCAAACUUGCCAUUUGAACACAUCAGAUAUUCAGAUGUAUGAAGUGGGCGAUUAGUUUUGAA